AUGACCGUUAAAGGAGGAAAGAAGUCAAAACAAGAAAAUACUUCAAACAUUUACGACGGUAAUAUACGCGAACCCUGCAAUAUAGACACAUUUGUAGGAACAUGCAAGCCGAUUAUGGAAUGUUCAAUUGCUAUAAAAGUAGUAAGCGAGGAUAUAGAACAUCCACCGACAUGCUUCUGGCAAGAGAAGACUCCUAUAGUCUGCUGUCCACCAACCAACGUAGAUAUCAUAAGCGGUCCAAAACCAAUCAGAGCGCUAUUUAGAAGUGGCCGUGUGAAGAAGACAAAUGAUAUGAUCUGUCGGUAUGAGGACCGAGAGCCGUUUUUAUGCUGUGGAAUUUCAAAAUAUCAAGUUACACCAGAACCAAAAGGAUGUCCGCCUCUACCGAGCCCUAAACUGAACACUCCUGUGGAACAUCCCGCCUGGACAAAAUGUGUUAGCUACCAGCGGUAUUAUAACGUAUGUGUAGCAAAAUCGGAAGACAAUAAACGUUUCAUUAGAAAAAAUACUUGUCCAAAAACAAAAAUGGGACUAAGAAUAAUAGAUGGAACACCAUCCGAGCUCAGGCAGUUUCCACAUAUGGCUGUUAUAGGUUGCGCAGCCGUCGCACGAAGCACAGAUGAUAUUGAUAUCUCAUGGAUAGGAGGAGGGUCUCUGAUAAGCGACAAGUUUAUAUUGACAGCUGCUCACGUUAUCUUACAAACUAAGGCGGGUGUUCCACGAUAUGCCUUACUAGGGACUUUGGAUAAAACAAAAGUACAAGACGGAAUGUUGUACAACAUAAUAAACAGAAUACCACACAAAGAAUACGCUUAUAUGGCAGACGUCAAGAAACAUGAUAUUGCACUAGUAGAGCUGCAUGAAAGCAUAUACUCGUCUUCUUGCAUUCUCGAAAAAAUGGGCAAGCAACAGUCAAAGGAGGAUACUAUAAUUGUCCAAAAUGCAGCAGCCGGCAAUAAUCAAUCACAGUUGGAGGAAUUUAGGGUGCAUCUUUCCACCAUCAAUAUAUUAUUAGGUGUGAUUGUGCUGGUCAUAUGUGUGGGAGCGAUAUAUUGCGGUUAUCACACGUAUAAGCGGUGCCUCAUGAAGUGGAUAUCAUCGGAGAUAACCCGGAAUACGGUGCGAAGGUCUUUAUUCCGUCAGUUCCAGCAGCCCGUUCUUCCCAUGGCCGCACCAGACGAGGCCUAUCAGCCAGGCCAAGCCCUAUUCUCCAAGGCGAAAAGGACGCUCGUUCCGAGGGAGAUCGCAGCGCGGUUGGAACUCUCCUGCAUCGCGAGGCCAAGGCCAGCGCGGAACUUACAAUCGAGGUAUGGAGUACCGAAAGUAAUAGCUACAGACAGAGGGAAGGAGUUUAUCGCAGCUACGUUUAAAGAGGCUCUCUUAGGUUAUGGCAAAACAGAAAGCUCUAGCCAAUGGCUUUGUGGUGGAACCAUUAUAAGUGAAAGAUAUAUUCUGACAGCAGGACACUGUACGUCGAGUCGAGAUUUCGGUAAUGUCACUUACGCCCGCACAGCUCUACAACGCCGUACAGAACCAAUAAACAGCCUUCGUACAUAUAAGAUAAAAAAUAUUAUCAAGCACCCUGAAUAUAAUCCCCCUCAUAGAUACAACGAUAUCGCAUUACUGGAGGUAGAUAGAGAUAUGCAACUCGACCAGUUCGCUGUACCCGCGUGUCUAGAUCUAGGGAGUCCUAACACGUAUGACCGUGCGCUAGCCUCUGGAUGGGGAGCGACCAAGAAUCGAGGAUCUAAUGCUGAUGAGUUACAGAAGGUGGUUCUAGAGAAGUUUUCGACUGGGGAGUGUAGUGAAUUGUUCCCAUCGAUGCGACUGAUGGUCAACGGUUUCGAUGAAAAGACUCAAAUAUGCUAUGGAGAUAAGAACAUGUCCAAAGAUACUUGUCAGGGCGACAGCGGUGGACCUCUUCAGUUAAAACAUAAGCAAAUUAACUGCAUGUACACGGUCAUUGGGGUGACUUCCUUUGGCCGAGCCUGCGGGUAUAUAGGCGAGCCGGGUAUAUAUACGCGGGUAGCUGCAUACGUACCCUGGAUUGAAAGCGUUGUAUGGCCA